ACCCACAACUAUCAGCAGCACCAGCUCGGCUAUCUCCAAAGUCCGAACAAGCAGUUAAUAUAAUUAUCUGCUAAAUGGGCUCCACUGCCGUGGAGAAGGUCGCUGUCGCCACUGGCGACGAGGAGGCGUGCAUGUACGCGGUGAAGCUUGCAGCGGCAUCUAUCCUUCCAAUGACCCUCAAGAACGCCAUCGAGCUGGGCAUGCUCGAGAUCCUCGUGGGUGCCGGCGGGAAGAUGUUGUCACCUUCAGAGGUGGCAGCGCAGCUUCCGUCGAAGGCCAACCCGGAGGCACCGGUUAUGGUGGACCGCAUGCUGCGGCUGCUGGCAUCGAACAACGUCGUGUCAUGCGAGGUGGAGGAAGGUAAGGACGGCCUCCUCGCCCGUCGAUACGGCCCCGCGCCCGUGUGUAAGUGGCUCACACCCAACGAGGACGGCGCAUCCAUGGCUGGGCUGCUCCUCAUGACCCACGACAAGGUCACUAUGGAGAGCUGGUAUUAUUUGAAGGACGUGGCCCUUGAAGGCGGCCAACCAUUCCACAGGGCGCACGGGAUGACGGCGUACGAGUACAACAGCACAGACCCACGCGCUAACUGCUUGUUCAACGAGGCCAUGCUUAACCACUCCACCAUCAUCACCAAGAAGCUCCUCGAGUUCUACAGGGGCUUCGACAACGUCGAGACCCUCGUGGAUGUCGCCGGUGGCGUUGGUGCCACAGCCCACGCCAUCACCUCAAAGUACCCGCACAUCAAGGGGGUAAACUUCGAUCUCCCGCAUGUCAUAUCCGAGGCGCCGCCCUACCCUGGCGUGCAGCACAUCGCCGGUGACAUGUUCAAGAAGGUGCCCUCCGGCGAUGCUAUCCUCCUGAAGUGGAUCCUCCACAACUGGACCGACGAUUACUGUAUGACUCUUCUGAGGAACUGCUACGAUGCGUUGCCCAUGAAUGGCAAGGUGGUCAUCGUGGAGGGCAUCCUGCCGGUGAAACCAGAUGCAAUGCCCAGCACGCAGACGAUGUUCCAGGUCGACAUGAUGAUGCUGCUGCACACCGCAGGCGGCAAGGAGAGGGAACUGAGCGAAUUUGAAGAGCUAGCGAAGGGCGCUGGGUUCAGCACAGUCAAGACCAGCUACAUCUACAGCACCGCAUGGGUCAUUGAGUUCGUCAAAUAGAUCACUCUAAUAUUUUCUUGCUUCUGCUCCUAGUAUCGGAAUAUGUACUUUUGAGCUUCCUUUUCCUGCUGUCCUUAGCAUCUCAUGUAAUGUAUCACUAUUAUACUAUAUGAUACAUACAUAAUAAAUGAU